CUGCUACAGUGCACUUGUCCACAGAAUGAGGCAAGUGUGGCGUGGAGCGUUGCUGGUGGUGACGCUGGUGAGUGUUGUCAGGCCUCAAUGUGUCUCAGACAACGACCACCUGCCCCUGCCCCCAACCCCUGACCUGGCCCACAUCACCCCUUUCAGCCUGGACCUCUUCAAGCAGUUCAACCCACCCAAUACCCCGGGAAACUUCUUCUUCUCCCCCUACAGCAUUUGGAACGCCCUCGUCCUGGCCUACUUUGGGUCUGGUGGCAGGACCCGCCAGCAGCUGCAGGAGACUCUGCAUCUGCGUGACUCUGCACUCACUCUGGCCACCUAUAAGGCUCUCGACCGACUGUAUGCGGAGAGACAAGCCAACACCAGCGAGUAUGUGAUAGACUUGGCCAACAAGGUGUAUAUGGACAAUAACGUCACCCUCCGGGAAUGUGUCAAGGACGUCCUACCUAAAGAAGUACAGAUUAUCGACUUCAGUCAGGUUGGAUAUGUUUUUAAUUUGUACACGCAGUAAGCUACAUAACCUGUGAC